ACCUUUACUUGCUUAUAGUAACAGUCACCUUGAGUCCUCCCAGAAUUAAAACGCUUUUCCGCUUGAUCCUGAAUGUUUGGCUCCUGUCCUUUGUGCGGUACAGACGGAGGAUGCUGUAAUGAGAGUCGGAUGCGAGAAGUUGUUUGACCUGUAGUCCGAGUUUUUUUUUUUCAUCCAGCCUUUCCCUGCUACUCACCUGCCGUAUCUUCACCGACCUGAAAGUCCAGUUUCACUGUGGGAGCCCAGCAAACUGCACAUGGCUCAGGAGGAGAAUAAGCGUCUGGUGGUGGUGGUCCCUAAUGAAAUGACCGUUCCAUCACGCCGUGCCUUCACAAGUGAAGACGAGGCAUGGAAGUCUUACUUGGAGAAUCCACUGACUGCUGCCACCAAGGCCAUGAUGAGCAUUAAUGGAGAUGAGGACAGUGUGGCUGCCCUGGGAAUCCUUUAUGAUUACUAUAAGGUUCCUAAAGAGAAGAGGCUCCUGCCAGUGCACAAACUUCCAGAAGAUCAUGAAAAAAGUCGGAUCAGUCAAGAUGGCGUCGAGUCCGCGGAAAAUCGUAUUCAUGUCCUGAAGUCACUUCCGGUCAACCUGUCACUGAAUCCUGAUUCAGAAAACAAGCAAGACCUGUUCGGCACAGUGCCUGCCGAGGACGGUGUAGUGGCCACUGUAAAGCCAGAGGUUUAUGCUCAGUCAUUCUCCAGCCAUCACCAGCAGCUUCAUUAUCACCGUACGCCCUACCAUCCGCAUUUACAGGAUUCAGUGAGCGUCAGCCAUGAUAGAUACAUGAAGGACGAUCAGUGCAGCACACCAGACAGCACCUUUGAGGACUCCUAUCCUGAGGACCCUAUGAGGUACAGGGUGCCUACUACGCCUGCGGCUGAAGAUUUCACACAUGAGCAAGCAGGGUUAAACAUGUUCCAGUAUAAUAUUGAAGCAAGCCGUUCUGUCCGUGAGAAGGCUGCCGAUGGGCCGAUGGUGUAUCUGAACAAGGGCCAGUUCUAUGGCAUCACACUCAGUGAGACCGGGGCCAACAAGGGCCUUCGUCAUCCCAUCAGUAAAGUGCGGACUGUAGUGAUGGUGGUGUUCGGACAGGAGAAGUGUCGGGAUGAGCAGUUGAAACAUUGGAACUACUGGCACACCCGUCAACACACUGCCAAACAGAGAGUCCUUGACAUAGCUGACUAUAAAGAGAGUUUCAACACCAUUGGCAACAUCGAGGAAAUCGCUUAUAAUGCAGUGUCAUUCACUUGGGAUGUCAAUGAGGAGGCUAAGGUUUUCAUUACUGUGAACUGUCUGAGCACCGAUUUCUCCUCUCAGAAGGGAGUUAAAGGUCUUCCACUUAUGAUCCAGAUUGACACAUACAGUUACAAUAACAGGAGCAACAGACCCAUCCAUAGAGCCUACGCUCAGAUCAAGGUCUUCUGUGACAAGGGAGCCGAGCGAAAAAUACGUGAUGAGGAGAAAAAGCAACUUCGGAAGAAGGUUAAAGGUCAGACUGUUGGCGGGCACGGUCAGGAUGGUAAGAGAGGAAAUUUGGCCAGUUUACCUCCAAAGAGGCCAGACAUUACGCUUUUCAAAGCUAUGACAGACUUGGAGUCCCAGCCUGUGCUCUUCAUCCCCGAUGUCCAUUUGAACAAUCUCCAGAGAGCCGGCCAGGUGUUCAGUUUUGGUGUUGAAGAAAUGGAGAAUGACGGGGUGGCCGUGAAGAGACCGUUCGGGACAUCAGAGGCUGAUUCUCCACCUACCAAAUACAGCAGAGAGGAGAGGAAAGUCCUGCUGUACGUAAGGAGAGAAGCUGAUGAGGUUUUUGAUGCACUGAUGCUGAGGUCUCCAACGCUGAAAAGUUUACUUGAAGCUAUAUCGGGCAAAUAUUCUGUUCCUGUGGAGAAAAUGACUAAAAUCUAUAAGAAAAGCAAGAAAGGUAUCCUGGUCAACAUGGAUGACAACAUCAUCGAGCACUACUGCAACGAGGACACUUUUAUUCUGGCCAUUGACAACCAUGCGGACUGUUUCCGGGUCACUCUUACUGAAAUUUAAUGGUUUGUGGAGGACUUGGGACCCUGCAGCAGUGCACAAAUCAUUUUGUGCAUCAGUGAUUUUAUUGUAGGCACUGCAUUAGAAGAGGAAAACGCUUCCAGACAUGUCUGACUGGGAAUGCACUCCAGUGGAUCUGCUGGUACUAAUUAACUUGUUUAAAUAAACACUAUGAUGGACUACACAAAAUCAGAAACUCCUCUUUAAAGCACUAUUAUACGUCAGUCAAGCUUUUAUGCAGUUUUUUUUCUUUGUGAUGUGAAGCCAUAAAAAAUCCUGACUUGAUGUCCAUUGAGUCUUUUCUUUAUAAAUACUCAGAUGGUUUUUGCAUAUUAAAGCUAUCUUUAUCAUUUGACUGUCAUGUGAUGCAUGGAAUAACUGUAUAGUUUACACAUUCCUUAUUCUGUGUUGAUGUUUUGACGUCUUUUUAGAACAUACCUUGUACAUAUUUUUAUGUUUGUUUUUUUAUUACAGUUAAAUAAACCAGUUCAGUGUAUCAUCUCUUUCUCAAAUUCA